AUGAAGUCGUGCCACCCCCCACGACUUCACAUCAGCAACGGUUACAAAUACACCGUACUUGAAUCAAAGCCUAACAUUUAUGUUAUUCGAUGUGUAGAAUACCACAAUGGCUGUCAAUGGCGCUUGAGGGCAGGCUAUAGCAAAGUGCGUAAAUAUUGGGAAAUCAAAAACAUCGACGGCCAACAUACUUGUUUCUCUAACAUACUAUCUCAAGAUCAUACAAAUCUUGAUAGUACUCACAUUGCAACAAUCAUAUCAAAUUUUGUAAGGACAAACCCCUCAAUUCCCAUCAAGAGUUUGAUAACAGAUAUUAAAGCUCGAUUCGGAUAUUCUGUGUCGUACAGAAAAGCUUGGAUUGCAAAAAAAAAGGCUCUUGCGAUGGAGUUUGGUGAUUGGGAAGAGUCUUAUAACCAUCUACCAAGGUGGUUGCAUGCAGUCAAGGAUGCAAACCCAGGAUUCAAAUAUUGUAAACCCAUUGUACAAGUCGAUGGAACAUUUUUAACGGGGAAAUAUCAUGGAACUUUGUUGAUCACCAUAGCUCAAGACGACAAUAGAAAUCUUUUCCCAUUGGCAUUUGCGAUUGUAGAAGGUGAGACAAAGGAGNCCAUGAUAUGGUUCUUUCAACUACUUCGAGAACAUGUUUGCCCUGGACAAAAUAUUUGCAUCAUCACUGACAGAGGAAAGGGUAUCUUAUCCGCUUUAAGAUCAGAAGAGGUUGGUUGGGAAGAAGAUGCUUACGAGGUCAAGCAACCCACUGUCACCGCAAAGCUUACUGCACUAAGACACCAAUACCCACAACAAGUUGCUUGGAUAGAUAAAAUUCCAUUACAAAAAUGGUCUCAAGCUUUUGAUGGAGGGAGAAGAUAUGGACAUAUGACCACUAAUCUUGUUGAGUGCAUGAACUCCGUUUUAAAGGGAGCACGUUCAUUACCGAUUUGUGCUCUCAUCAGAAAAACAUUUGAGAGGACACAAUCAUGGUUUGUUGAACGAGGAUUAAAAGCAAACUACAUGCUACAAGCAGGCCACCAAUUUCCUGAAGAAAUUGCCGAUAUUAUUAGGAAAAAUCAACAAUAG